AUGCAUGAAUCCUUGCUUGGUGAUUGCAACCGUGAAAGGCUGCGUGCAGUUCAAGCUGGAGCAUCUCAGAAAAAGGAUCUGAGUUUGCCAGAAAUCUCAUCCAAGCUAAAUGAUGCAGCUACUCCAGUGGCACUUCGUGAUAUAGGCCUGGAGCUGUUUCACCAUGUCGAUGCUCUCUUGGCUACCCGCGCAAAUGGCCAAGAAGACCAGCAGUCUCUAUCGAUAGAAGCCUCUGAUCCGGCUUUCAACGAAGAGUCAUCACAUGUGCGAAGCCUCGUCGAUUCAGUGGCCCAAAAGCUGUUGAAAUUUCCCAUUUUUGGAACUGAUACCGCCAUACAAGAUUCCGACUAUGCUGCUCAUUCUCUGGCUGCCGAAGUCGGACUGGCACUGCUCGCCAUCAUCUCGCCUUACUGCACCUCGCCUUCUGAGCCCUUUCUCUUCGACGACGCAGUUUUGAUACGUGUCGUUGCGUACACUGACGAAAACGAUGCCUGGACAACGAAAGAGUCGUCACGGCUUGCGACCCGCCUGUUAAAAUCCAAUCUGAAUGAUGACAGAUUAGAUAAUUUCAUCACCCAACGCCUAGUCCAGGACACGCUUCGGCCGCUAUUUUCUAAAUCGUCUACUCGGUUAACUGCUUCUGGGAGGCCAUCACAAAUCGCUCAGCAGCCUACCGGUACACAGGCCAGGACAUCUCUAGAUACUGUCUCACCGGAACGCGAAAAAGUCCACGCUGCUUCAAGUUGUAAAUGGGCAGUCAUGCUGUGCAGUCAAGCUACGAUGGGUCGCCAAUGGCCCCUAUUUCUUCCCAUUCUACUUUCGCUAGCCGAAGACCACAACACAGCAGUCAGGAUAAAAGGCUUGCAGAUUAUUGGUUUCUUCCUAGAUACAUGCCCGGCAAACGUGAUACUGUCUGCUGGCGUUGACAACGUGAUCCAGGACGCUGUUUUCCCCACCUUACUCUUCUUACCCUCCACAACACCCGAGAGCGAGUCCAUAGAGCUUUUGUAUCCUGCAUAUCGAGUGCUCCUUCGGAUAGCCCAGCUGGACCCAGACCCAAAGAGUUUGCGAAGACGACGUUUUCUUGACAAGCUCUUGCGAGAUGGCGUCUUUGCGGGCCAUUUUCAUGCCUCCGAGUAUCCUCGCAUCGUCGAAGUUCUUAUGAAUAUCACAAAGGAUAUCAUCUUGUGCCUGGGAUUCUUCUCAGCAAAGCAUCUCCAGGUUGGGAUAAAGAUCCUCUUGAAAGAAUCUCUCUGUUGUUAG